AUAUAAAAGACAGUAAAACAAAACCUUUCAAUUUUCUUAAAUUAGCAGUCUAAUGCGUUCUAAAGAGCAGUUCCACUCGGAUCUCUUCUGUGGGGUUGCAUUUUAUCACAAUAUAAAAUGGGCAGAUCCAUCAUUUCCCCCCACUCAGUGCUCUUGACUGGAGAUUGAAGGGGAAAUUAGAAAGCUGCUCAUUUGAGCUCACAGGCUCUGAGCAAGCUCCACUCGGCUUCAUUUCCUGCUCUCCUGCGUCCUGUUGCAAGGAGGUCAACAAGUGCUGGUAUCUAAGUGAAGAUAUUCUCUCCAAAUCCUGUGUUUGGAACGUCAACAAUGGAUUAUCCCAAAAUGGAUUAUUUUCUGGAUGUCGAGUCUGCUCAUAGACUCUUGGAUGUGGAGUCAGCUCAAAGAUUCUUCUAUAGCCAAGGAGCUCAAGCUCGCCGGGCGACCCUGCUCCUGCCUCCCACAUUAAUGGCGGCAUCUUCGGAGGAUGACAUAGACCGGAGGCCCAUCCGCAGAGUCCGCUCCAAGAGUGACACCCCGUACCUGGCGGAGGCCAGGAUCUCCUUUAACCUGGGGGCAGCUGAGGAAGUGGAGAGGCUGGCGGCGAUGCGUUCCGACUCCCUGGUCCCGGGCACUCACACCCCACCCAUCCGGAGGAGAAGUAAGUUUGCCAACCUGGGGAGGAUUUUCAAGCCUUGGAAAUGGAGGAAGAAGAAAAGCGAAAAGUUCAAACACACAUCAGCAGCUCUGGAGAGGAAGAUCUCAAUGAGACAAAGCAGAGAGGAGCUUAUCAAGCGAGGGGUCUUGAAGGAAAUCUAUGAUAAAGAUGGGGAGCUCUCCAUAUCCAAUGAAGAUGAUUCCCUGGAAAAUGGGCAGUCCUUGAGCUCCAGCCAGCUGUCUCUGCCUGCACUGUCAGAAAUGGAGCCGGUCCCCAUGCCCAGGGAUCCCUGUUCAUACGAGGUGCUCCAAGCUUCAGACAUUAUGGAUGGGCCAGUGUCUGAAGAGAGUCCCUCUGCCAGUGAGUCUGGAGUCCUCCUGUCCCAAGAUCCUUCAGCCAAACCAGUCCUGCUACUGCCCCCCAAAAAACCUGCUGCUUUCCCUGGAGACCAUGAGGACACCCCAGUGAAGCAGCUGCCCCUUCUCAAGCAGCCCCCGGCCCUGCCUCCCAAACCCACUGCCCGGAUUGCCAACCAUUUCACAGAUCCUGGCGCCCCCGUGAAAUUGCCUUGUCUGCCAAUGAAACUGUCACCUCCGCUACCUCCAAAGAAAGUCAUGAUCUGUAUGCCCGGCGGGGGCCCAGAGCUCUCCCUGGCAGCCUACGCAGCCCAGAAGAGCAGCCAACAGGGCGUGGCCCAGCACCACCACACCGUCCUGCCAUCUCAGAUCCAGCACCAGCUGCAGUAUGGCAGCCACGGCCAGCACCUUCCCUCCUCCACCGGCACCCUCCCCAUGCACCCCUCCGGCUGCAGGAUGAUAGACGAGCUGAAUAAAACGCUGGCCAUGACCAUGCAGAGGCUGGAAAGUUCUGAGCAGCGAGUCCCCUGUUCCACUUCUUACCACAGCUCUGGUUUGCACUCAAGUGACGGUGUCACAAAAGCAGGACCCCUGGGCCUUCCAGAAAUAAGACAAGUGCCAACUGUUGUGAUUGAAUGUGAUGACAAUAAAGAAAAUGUGCCUCAUGAGUCGGACUAUGAAGACUCUUCUUGCCUAUACACAAGAGAAGAGGAGGAAGAGGAAGAGGAUGAAGAUGAUGACAGCUCUCUGUACACCAGCUCCCUGGCCAUGAAGGUCUGCAGGAAGGACUCCUUAGCCAUCAAACUCAGCAACAGGCCCUCCAAGCGAGAGCUAGAAGAAAAGAACAUUCUCCCCAGGCAGACGGAUGAGGAGAGGCUGGAGCUAAGGCAGCAGAUUGGCACCAAGCUCACCAGGCGGCUGAGCCAGAGGCCAACUGCUGAAGAGUUGGAGCAGAGGAACAUCCUGAAACCUCGGAAUGAACAAGAAGAACAGGAGGAGAAACGAGAGAUCAAGAGGCGGCUAACUCGAAAGCUCAGUCAAAGGCCCACAGUGGAAGAACUUCGGGAAAGGAAGAUCCUCAUCCGUUUCAGUGACUACGUGGAGGUGGCCGAUGCUCAGGACUAUGACCGCAGGGCAGACAAGCCGUGGACCCGCCUCACCGCUGCUGAUAAAGCUGCCAUUCGGAAGGAGCUCAAUGAAUUUAAAAGCACUGAGAUGGAAGUUCAUGAGUUGAGUAGACACUUAACAAGGUUUCACCGACCUUAACAGUGGAAUUGCUCUUGAGUACUCUGCUGUCUUCAAAACAUAAAUUUAUAAGAACCAUAAGUGCUGGUAUUUAUUCACUUCCCCAUUAAGAUGUAAAUCUUCUGAACUGCCUUUUUUUAAAAAAAAAAAAGAGAGAGAGAGAGAGAGAGAGAGAAAGAGAAGAAAAAGAAG